UUGUGUGCAGAACAAUCAACUUCAUGAUGCUGUGCUGGUAAGAGGAAAUGCUGGGCCACCACGGUGUAACUGGGCAGGGAGAAGAAAUGAUGUUUUUCACCUGCUAUAGAGCAGAGUAGAUCUGUACCAUACAGUGUGUAGGAUCAAUAUGGAGUCAACACCUAGUAGUUAUUUUGCUGGCACUCAACUGUCAGUCUGACAGAAGCAAUAUAACCUUCACCUAUGGCUAAUCUGGAGAGAAAUAACAAAAUCCUGCUUGAUUUGGUGCGACAGCCAGAUAACAAUGAGUGUGCUGACUGUGGAGCUCCUGACCCUGACUGGGCUUCCUAUACUCUUGGUAUCUUUGUGUGUCUGAACUGCUCAGGAAUGCAUCGUAAUUUGCCCGCAGUCAGCAAAGUGAAAUCCAUACGUCUGGAUCACUGGGAUGAUUCACUAGUACAGUUCAUGCGGGAGACAGGAAAUUCUGCAGCCAAAGCUGUUUAUGAGAAGUGUGUCCCUGCCUUUUUCUACAGGCCUCAAGAAAAAGACUGUGUGGUUCUUAAAGAUCAAUGGAUACGUGCAAAGUAUGAGAGAAGAGAAUUCACAGGAGAAAACAAUUACAUACAGCAAACGUAUACCUCAGACCUCUUUGAGUCAACACUAUGGAAGAAAGGCAAAGACAACAAGCAGUUUCUCAAGAGGAUCUUUUCACUGUCCAAGAAAGACUUCACCCUCAGAUACUUCAUUAAAGAGGAUUCCAAGACUCCUAAAGCUGUCAUCAGCAUGAAGGACCUGAAUGCAGUUUUCCAACCAGAGAAAAUUGGUAAUGCUCACGGCCUGCAGAUCUCCUAUGUGCAGGACGAACGCACGAGAAAUCUGUUUGUUUACCAUGAGGAUGGAAAAGUCAUUGUAUCCUUGUUCAAUGCUCUUCGGGCAACACGCUUGCUAUACCUUCGGAAAAUAAAUCCCACUCUUCAUGACAAUGACUUAAUACCUCAUAUAACAGGAACGUGCCUGAAGGAGGGGUACAUGGAGAAAACUGGCCCAACGCAACGGGAGCCAUUCAAGAAGAGGUGGUUCACACUAUGCUCAAUGAACAGAAAACUACUAUAUUUUAAGUCCCCACUGGAUGCUACAGAGUUGGGUGCUGUCUUCAUUGGCACAGAGAGCCACAGCUACUCUGUUUCAGAGUACAGCGGCCGGAGCACAAGAGGAGGCCGCUGGCACUGUGGCAUCACGCUGCAGACUCCAGGGAGACAGUUUGUGUUCAUGUGUGAGCAGGAGCAGGAGCAGAUUGAGUGGCUGGAGGCCUUUAGAAAGGUCAUCUCUCAACCCAUGACCCCAGAGGACUAUGCUAAUGAAGCCAACCUGAGAAGGGGGAAAUGACUGGAACUUGUUUUGCAAAGGUCCAGGACGCAAAAAAAGAGAAAGUAUUUU